GCGAAUUUUAGCUUUUCCCCAGUCUGUAAGAGUCCUCUUACCCAGCUUCCUCUCUUUCGUGUACUCUAACUGCGCGUCACGUUGUCUAACAUGUCUUCACACUUAGUGCGUAAUCCAGGCAUUCCGCUAGAUUUAGAGUGGGUAGGUAGGACAAGAGUUAACCUUCCUGCUGUAAAACGACGGGCUGAUACGCUCAAGACUCGCCGGUCAGUAAAGAAGCAAUGGCAAGCGGCAUGGCUUUUGAGAGCAGUGACUUGUAUCGACCUUACCACCCUGUCUGGGGAUGACACCGCGACGAAUGUGUCCCGACUCUGCUUCAAAGCGCAAAAUCCUGUAAGGAAAGACUUACUGGAAAGCAUGGGUAUGGCAGACAAGGGAAUAACUACAGGUGCUAUUUGUGUGUACCCGUCUCGUGUCCCAGACGCCGUAAAGACUCUCGAGAAUCUUAACUCCAAGGUUCCAAUUGCUUCAGUGGCUGCAGGAUUCCCAGCAGGUGAUCAACAAAAUGAAAUUAUCGAAACUGCUUCUUAAAAUUAAGAAAUUGGUUUAUACCUCGACGUUGACCAUGAAUUUAUAAAGUUAUUGAAAAUACUCCUGUGAAUUAAAUGUGCUUUUCAUCCAAGUAUAACCCGUUCCCCCUUCCCCCCUCCCCCCUCCAUCUUUUAAAAAAUUGCGUUUACAGUGUUUGUUGAAGAGUGACUAAGUUGAAACUUUUAUUUCUGGUUGGAGCCUUUGCUUAUCAUUGAAAGAUCCAGCAUUUAGAUAUUAUUAUCCAAAUUUUUCUGUUAUAACCUUAAUAUUUUGUAAUAUUUCCAAUCAGCUUUUUUUGUUUUCAUGUCUUCUCCUGUCUUCUCCCAAACUCAAGGGGGACAUAGGAGAAGAGAUGUGGAGUGAUAUUUGUGAUAUUUGGGAUUGUACAGUACAGCUCAGAGAUAGAGAAAGAAUCACUUUCAAUGAGCUUUUGAAGAAGAAAGGCUUUUCAUGGUCUUGAUUACAACCAUAAUUUUGGAUUGUAAUGCCACACGCCCUGCCACACCCCCCAUCUUAUUGCACAACAAACCCAAGUGGCAAUUGUUGAGGAGAGAGAUGGCAAUUCUAGCUGGUAAUAGUAUUUUCAAUAGCUCUUAAACCAGAUGACAUUUACUUGCAGAAAUUUUACUUCCAAGCCUUGUUUGCUCUGACAUUUUUCUUGAAUCUUUGCCUCUUUCUUGUUGUUUUAAUGUGGGUAUUGCUAUUAUUUCAGUAUUUGGUGAAUAUUGACUCAUUAAAAUUCACUAGUCCACCCCAUGGAAGUGAAGCCUGUUGGUGAAAUUUGGUAUUCCAAUGUAAACAUGCUCAAGGCCUUUUCAGAAUUAAUAGUACAAUGUGCAUUCGUUAUUUCCCUAAAUGAGUAUUUCACAAUUGUGCUUAGUCUUGUCUUACUAGUCUUGUUUAAUCCUUUACACCUAAACAUCACUAUGUGUAUUCUUCACAUUAUUCUCUAUACAUUUCCUAAGGUUCUGACAAGGGUCAAUGAAUAAAUAGGGUAAGUUUCUAAAGAAACUUUGGUGCUGCCUCAGUAGGGAAGUGUUACAGGAUAAUUUUGGUUUUAGCAGGUAAUUUAGUGUUAACAACUGAGUUGAAAACGUAAACUAGCCACCGUAAAGGGUAAAAAAGCUGAUGUUUCGAGCGUUAGCCCUUUGUCAGAGCAAUUGAUGAAGGGCUAACGCUUGAAAUGUCAGCUUUUUUACCCUUUACAGUGGCUAGUUUAUGUUUUCAACUCAGUUAUUAACACUAAAUUACCUGCUAUACUCUCUCACUGAUGCAGCGCCAGUUUCUUUAGAAACUUACCCCUUUAUUAAUUUUGGUUUUAUUUUGUAACUGAUUUGAUGAUGUAAGUUAGCCAGUUUACAUAAUCAAUUCAGAUGAUAAAACCAAAAUUAUCUCAUAAGAGCUUCCUUAGUUGGUGAUCCUUCCUUUAGUUCUUGUUACCUUAAUCUGUGAUUCAGGGGUGAUAUUGUAAGGAAAAAUUAAAUGUUUGUCACUUUCAGUAGUCAAAUGGUUUAAGAUAGAUAAAAUGUUUUUGUUUUCAGGUCAGACACCCGUCAAGCAAAGACUAGAAGAGAUAGAAACUGCAGUAGCUUCAGGUGCCACAGAGAUUGACAUUGUGAUCAGCAGAGCAUUUGUUCUGGAGGGUAACUGGGAAGCACUUUACAAUGAAGUACAGGCAAUGCGCAAAGCUUGUGGAGAAGCUCAUCUUAAGACAAUCAUUGCCACAGGUACAAUUAGGGAUAAUUUAAUAGCCAUGUCUAUCAUUAAUGACAUUGAUCAUAUUUGUGGUGAAUAUACAUUGUAUACAGCUGUUUCCAGAAAGAUUGUCAGAAAAAUAAGUGUUAAGUGCAUGAGGCAGUGCCUAAAGGAAUUAUGGGUUGUUUAAAAGUCUUUAACUGUUAAAAACAUCAUUAAAAGGAUGAGGCAUCAUGGGUUUGGUAAAUUUAUUUAUUUGACUUAUUGAAAUUUGUUGAUUAUUUGGAAACCCAGGCUACCUUUUGAGAUUUUUGCAUACAUUUUUGUCCUUUUUCCAACAACCUUUCCUGAAACAGCUGUAAAAUAUUUUAUGCUAGCAACCAUAACCAUUUCAACAGCCUGCUCUUUAACUUGCUCCUGCCAACUGAGGGCCUGGGGCAGGUUAUAAUGGGUAGCAACACUCGUAGUUGCUUCAUGCCUAUGAAAGUUCCCUGAUUGUGGGCCAGUUUCUUAUUUGCUUGGUCUCGCACUUGACACCACCAAAUGAAGGUCUGGAGCAGGUUAUAAUGGGUAUUAACACUUAGUCGCUUCAUGCCUGUGAAAGCUCCCAGAUUUUGAGCCAGUUUUUUGUUUGCCUGCCCUUUUGUUUGCUUCGACCAACUGAGGCCUUGGGCAGGUUAUGAUGGGUAGCAACACUCUAAGUUGCUUCAUGCCCAUGAAAGCUGCCAGGUUGUGGGUCAGUUUGUUGUUUGCCUGCUUUCUUGCUUGCUUCUACCAACUGAGGCGUGGAGCAGGUUAUAAUGGGUAGCAACACUCCUACACAUAGUUGCUUCACAUCUGUAAAAGCUCCUAGAUUGUGGGCCAUUUUUGAUCUCUUGGGACCUCUGUUUAUAUACUGUAUACUUAUGGUAAGCAUUCAGUAAUGAUAUAUCUCUUUUCUUAGGUGAACUUGGCUCUCUAACAAAUGUUUAUAAAGCUAGUCUGGUUAGCAUGAUGGCUGGUUCUGACUUCAUUAAAACAUCAACUGGUAAAGAGUCAGUUAAUGCUACAUUUCCUGUCGCACUGGUUAUGGUGCGGGCAGUCAGGGAUUACUAUCAGGUAUGCUAUAUAUGUUUGUUUAUAUUUGAUAUGUCCUUGCAUGCCCAAAUGUUUUUGGCUCUUGAGAGCCAAAAGUACACAGAAAUGUUCAAUUCAAUGUCUCUCAACACAAGCAUGAGAAGACAGUGUUUAGUGACUAGCUUGUUAGACUCUUGAUCAAGGAGCUGGUUUUAGCUCUGACUUGAUCAUUGGGUUCUGUUCUUAGCUUGAAUACUUGUUUUUUAAGUAUCUCUUUGCAUCUAGAGGUGCAUUAUUUGUGGCUAGUCUGGGAAACUGUGAAAGAAACUUGAUAAAAAUGCUUAGGGUAACUUGCGGUGGAUGAGCAUUCCACUAAGGAGUAACAGUCUUACCAGUCUGCUGAGAUCAAGCAGUAAAAGUCAUGGGCUACUGGGCUUUAAGAAUUUACCUCCAUUUGACCCUUAAAAUAGCUAUGGAGCCUUCAAGGUGUGGGUAGUAACUGUUGUGAUGUGAUAAUUUGUUGACAUCUUUGCAUGUGCGCGCUGAUAUUCUGUGACUAUUGUGUUUUUAAAACAGUCAUUUGCCAAAGGAGACUUGAAUAUUGUUGAAUACUAAUAUCUGAGACAAAGUCAAGGGGAUUAUUCUACAAUAUUCACUGAGUCUGGGGCUGUUCUGUAAUUGCCCUGAUUCUUUCAAGUUCUAUAGUAAAAUUUUUGUUGUUACAACCAUUCUGUAAAUGAAGAAAGCAGUGCAUGGAAUAUUUUGUCGCAAGUAUUAUUUUGAUUACUGGUAUUGAGAUAGGCAACCAGUUUCCAUAUUUAAAACAGCAAAACUUCAUAUCUUACUUUUGAAAAGUGUCUUGCCACAUUGAGUAACAUAUUUUUGGCACUUUGCUGUUGAAUUUUCUUCGAUCAUGUUAUUACUUCCUCUGUAAUUUGAAAAAAGCAAGACAGCUAUUUAAAAAUUUAGAGCCAAUGUUAUAAUCACAUUGUUGGAGGUGAUUGAUAGACUGCUUUGUGAUUUACUGUGCGACUCUAUCGAGAAGUUAGUCAGAAUAAACCCUUGAAAGGUAAAGUUUGUUGUCAAGUCUUUUUGUUUUUGUAUGAUGCUACAGUUGAUUAUGGAAACAUUCUGCUUUGAUCUAAAACCUAUUAAGUAAAUCUUGCUGCCCCAUUCCUCUGUGGUAAUUUUGUUUUUGCUCUUCAACUAUUUGCUGGAUAUAAUACUGUACAUGUAUAUAUAAAUGAUGAGGACCAGUUUUAUAAGAAUGAGCACUGGGAAGUGAAGGGCUGGUAUAAUUGAUGUCACUCUAGAUUUUAAUUAACUUGUAAAUAGAAGAAACCAACACUUUUGGAUUAAAAGUGAACAAUUUGAAUUUUGCCCUGAGGACCUCCCAAAAUUUUCAACAAGGGUGUAACAUUUUUAAUAUAUUGUAUGAUAAAUUAUUUGUUACUGUUCAAGGACAUUGCAGUCUAUGCCCCUUUUAAUUUUUUUUUUUUCAACAUAGCAAACAGGUCACAAGGUAGGCUUUAAGCCGGCCGGUGGAAUCCGCAGUGCUAAAGAUGCCCUAACAUGGCUCUCUUUGAUGAAAGAAGAACUUGGGGAUGAUUGGACACACCCUGAUCUGUUUAGGAUUGGUGCCAGUUCACUGCUGGGAGACAUAGAGAGGCAACUUUUCCACUUUGUAACUGGAAGGUUUGUUACAGUUUGUAAUUUUGUACUUUAAUUUGAAAUUAACAGGGCAGACUACUAAUUUAAUGCAGGAGAAGGGGAAAUGGCAUGUUUAAUAUGUUGUCAUAUAUUAUUAAUAAAAUGAUAUAGGAUUUAUUGUUACUUGGACCAGUAGCAUUUUAGUCGAAGGUAAAAAUAUAUUAUUUCUUAUCAAGUAAAGCAACAAUCAUAAUGAAUUUUGAUGCAAGUCAUAAACAUGUAACAGCAUUGUACAUAUCUGUUUUCACUUUCAUGUAUUUUUCUCACCAGAUGUAGAGUAUUAGUCAGAUUGUAAUCAAAUUUCAUGGGCUCUUUGCAAUUCUGUUUGUUUACAAUGUGUCCACUGGAGGGCUUUAAAUGCCAAUGAUUUUCUUCCAUCCUUUUAAACUCUUUUGAGAAUGAAAUGGUAAUUUAAGUCAUAGCUCAUUUUCAUUGGUUUUUGUAUACAAUAUUUGAUUUUACUGUUUACUGUUUAUUCCACAGCUGCAGUGUACAUGUAUUUGCAAUCAAAUAACUUGUGUUGAUCUCUAAAAAAUUUUUGGGUAGAGGCUUUUAAUUUAAAAAUAGGUACCAGUAUUACUCCUUAUAGUGACAUUUUUUUUUCUUUUACAUUGUUUAGAUAUGCUGCUCAACAUGAAAUACCUAUGGCAUGAGGAAUAGUACAUUUAGGCUUAACAGUGUUAGAAAAUACAAUGGAUAUUUUUAAAGGGAAAGGGACUGAAUUAGUCUUUGACAUUAUGUAAUUGGACAAAAUGCAUACGCACUGAGAAAUAUUAUACACACUCAUGGAAAAGGGCCAUUUUUCAUCAGAACUUUAAAUGUGACUAUUUAAAUAUGGUUUACAAAUGAAACUGCUCUUCUGAAAUUAUGUGAUAGGUUUAUUGCAAUUGAGGUGUUAAAAUUGAAAACAUGCACACAUUACCCAACUUGUUUUAUUGUUUUACUGGAAGGUUGAAAAUGAUCAACACCAUUUUUCUUUUUGCAAGGUGUUACAAAAGUAAUUGAAAAGUAUGUGAAACAUGUGCAAAAAAUCAUAACCUUAUAAGGCAGUGUUUUCACAUACUUUUCAGUUAGUUCUUGACACCUUUUUGAGAAAAAUUUGGGUCCAAGCAUGCACUUGAGAGCCUCUAUGGUAGAUUAAGCCUUUAAUUUCAAAAUGGGGCUUUCAUAUAUGAGAUGACCGAGUACUGGGAAUUAUGCCCAGUGAUUGGUUCCCAGGAUAGAAUUGGUAUUCUAGUUAAAAAAAAAAUUAUCAUCUUCUGAAGAUCACAUCAAUAAUUUGCAGCACUUUCUGUGUUGCUAGUGAUAUUGCAGUUAUAAUUAUUUAUGGCAAGCCAAACUUAGUAAAAGGUGAGAUGAGUGUCAAGUCAACAGUUGAGUUUCUGUAGUUAAGUUUAAGAGGACAACCAGAUUCAGCAAGUCUGCAAAUACUGUAGUAACGAAUCAUAAUAACUUACAGUAUGUCAUUAGGAAAUCACUUGCACUUUUUCUAUCUUGUCUGUGUAAUUUUUUAAUCAUAUUAGCCCUGGUGAUAUAAGCAAAAAAAAGUGAUAAUUUUGCAGCUGAAAUUCUAAUAAUUAAUUGAUAUUAUUAAAUAAUAUCAUUAAUCAGUAUUAUUUUAAUAUAAAGAGGAAGGGUGAAAGCUGAGGCAAAUUUUGAAGUACUUUUUGUUUUAUUUAAUUUGAUUCUGUUUCAUGAAUUUUAUGAAUCCCUUAGCAUUAUAACCAGCUCGAAGAGUGUGGUCUUUGCAAGCUUCACGUCAUUCUUCCGAUCGAGGCCGCGCAUCUCACAACACAGCGCUUCAUACGUUGCGUGACAUAGACUCCUAUAAAUGGCUCGUCGCAGCCGUAAACAAAGAGUGACACACAAAAGGACGGUCACAAUUACAGGUUAAAACAAACACCGAUCGAAUUUUUAAGUGAUUGGUGAAAAAGUUUUGCGUCACAACCAUCCUGAAGGACUGCAGAAUUCUCCAUUUACUUUUAACUGCCGCAACUCGCCAAAGCAUGACGAAUACAGCAGCGCUCACUACCGUGGCCGAUAUAGUUGGUUGGGGUUAUUUUUUGUCUUGGACGGUAUCGUUUUUCCCACAAAUUUAUGAAAACUGGAGGCGAAAAUGUGUGGUUGGCUUUUCUUUCGACAUGUGGGCUUACUUCUUUCUCAGUUAUAUUACCUACAUGAUUUACAAUGUGACGGUCUAUUUCGACCCGAAGGCGAUCAUGUCUAAUUUAGAUCAGGAUAACCCGGUCAAGCUGACAGACGUGGUAUUCUCUAUCGUAGCGUUUGCCUGUACUACUACUCAGGGCAUACAGUGCUUGAUGUACGAUCGGGGAUCGCAGCAAAUUCAUCGUAGCACAAUUGCCAUUUGUGCUGGUUGCUUACUGGCCCUCGUUGUACUAACUGUUCUCAGCCUUUUUGGCAUCCUCGGCUCGUGGUUUGUGGUCCUUCAGUAUUGUGGAUAUGUUAAGUUUAUCGUUUCAUUUGGGACGGUGAGUACAAAUAAAUUGAGUACCAAAAACGAAUCCAUCGUAUCUCAUUUAAACUAAUUUUUAAAUUAUCAGCUUAUUAGAUUGUUAAGGACUAACUACACGUCUAUGCUUGAACCAUGCUGCAUUUUUCGUAAUAGGUCCAGAUCGUCGUUUAGUAAAUGGUGUUACUUUGAAAAAUACACGUGGUUCAUCUAAAUUUCAGAAAUAAUAUUUACGACUUAGGCAUUAUUAUUGUUUCAAAUGACGCCAUGUGGUUUGGCUCGACAUCUCAUGUUUGCGUAAUCAGUGAUGCAUGUUGUGUUUGAACACAAGUGAAGUGGCGUAGCAGGAAGGGGAGGUCGUGGAAUACACUUCGAGCCAUUAUUACUGAUUUCGAUUCACGUGGAUCAGACUGUUAGAGGUUGGCUAAAUUACUCAUUCACUCCUUUAUUUUAGUUGCUUUGUUUUGUUCUGUGCUGUGUUGGUUUGAUUUUCCUUCUGUUUAUGAGUUCAGCCUUGCACGUCAUGAUAAUGAGUACUGGACUGGACGGAAAGCAACAAUUUUUUUCAUUUAGUAUCAAAACCAUUGGUUAUUUAAUUGUAAUACGGCCUGUAUAAAAAUGAACCCCUCAUCUGUGCAGGGUCGCACUAUUUUUAUUUAUUUAUCUUUCCAUGGUGGCUUGAUUUAUGUGACUUUUCUCUUGAGGCUUGGCUAAAAUUUGUUAAUUUGAUCUUGCAAAGAACGGGAAUUUUCCUGUAAAGCAUUUUAAUCCCUAUUAUAAUUAAGAAAUUUGCUGGAAUUGGAAUUAAUCAAUUUGUGAAUUUUUUUUGUGCAUGUCUAUUAUAGUAUUCACCUCAAGUGUGGCUCAACUUCAAACGCAAAUCCACAGAGGGGUUCCAUAUUGGUGGAGUGCUGCUGGAUUUUGGUGGAGGAGUACUCAGUCUGUUACAGAUGGAUCUUUACUGCUUCAUUGAACACAGCAACAAUCAGCUAACAGGGAACAUUCCUAAGAUGGCACUUGCUGUCUCCACUCUCUUAUUCAACAUCAUCCUCAUUUGGCAACAUUAUGUGUUCUAUUUAGGAAAUGAACACCGUUCUAGUGAUAGUGAGAAAGAACCUCUGUUAAGAGGUGAAAGGUCAAAUGAGUUUUAUACAAUAAAUGUCCAUGCUGAGGAUGGAGAUUAUAUUGUGAUAAGUUUUCAAGAUUCAGAGGAGGAAAGCACAACCCAACGUGCUGCUGGUUCUCAGGAGUCUUUGGUGUAAAUUUUUCUUUUAAAGCAAAAACAAUCCUCAAAUGUUUUAUAUUUUGAUUUCAACAGGGAUGAUCUGAUUUUGCAUAUAUGCAUUUGAAAACAAAUGUAAUCAAAAAUUUGAUAAUCUACAUUUUUAUCGAUAGUUUUAUCUUUACAAAGAAUUUUUUAUUUAUUGAAUUUUUUAAUGGCUAAAUUUUAGUGUACAUAUUAAUCUUUAAUUGUUGGAAUUGAAAGUGGACUUAAAAUUACACCACAUAAUUAGGGGAAAAACUCAAGUCUGCAUUGUGGUACAACUACUACAGGGCAUUAUUGGAAUUACUAUGUACUGAGAAUACAUUCUUUCAACUUGCAUGCAGAGAUGCCUAAUUUUGGAAAGCUGACUUCUGAAAAUGUUUGAUUGGGUAUUACACCAUGCCCCAUCCACCAAAUUUUACUUGUGAUUCAAAAUUGAAAAAAAUAUGUCGACAAAAAUUCUAUAAUCUCUGAGUGCAAAUUUUUAACUUAAGAGCAAUUAAAACUUCUCUGUCGUUUUUCUCUUUUCAAAAAUCUCCAAAUUUACUUUUGGGAAGGGGCAUUGUUAAUGCACUCACCUUGGGAUUUAGCAGGUGUAACUUGUUGGUUAAACUUGGUAUAUACAAUAUAUGUACAUGCUGAUUCUUAUCCCUCCCCUGAUAGUUUUCCUCCAGGUAAUUAAACCAUUAAGGUGAUAUCAAGUGAUAGCCAAUCAAUUUCAUGCAGACUUCAUUGCUAAUUCAUUCAUUUUUUAUCUAUCCCACACGUGACUGAGUACAUAGGUGAAAUGUAAUGGGUGAAGUGACUAGAAAAAUGAUUUUAUAAUGUGUUAGAGGUAACUUUUUGGGAGUAUGUUAAUAAGAUCAACCAAAGUCAUCCAUAAGGUAGGCUAAGUCAUCAGAAUUUCAGGGAAUUAAAACUUUUCAUAACCCUUUCACUGCCAAGAUCUGAUUGUUAAUUCUCCCCUCUAGCUGCUACACAUUUGCUUCUAAAUUAGUCAAGAGAAUUUGGUGUUAGAUCAAGGACAACAACUUCUACGCGAUAAGUUUAAGUAUUCUCAUUACUUCUUUGCUAGAUAGUAUGUGGAUAUUAUAGGGAGAAGUUACCUCUCAAUCACUUCUGGGAGUUAAAGGGUUAAGAGCAUAUUUGAAAAUCUUACUCAAAAGGUCCGUGUUGAGGAAAAGAAACUUUAAAAUAACUAAGUAUAGCCUAUUUAUGUGCUAAGGAUGAGCACUAUACAAACACUUGUAAAAUUUUAAUGGGAAUGUUUAGGAAAAUACAAGGACUUGAAACCCUUUAUUAAUCAUUACAAAGCACAUGCACCUAUUUCUUGAAAUGCAAAAGUUAUUUUUGAUGGAAAGUAUCAGUUACUACAAUAGGGGAAUUUUUAUGGGAUUUAUUCCAAAUGUUGGAAGUUUGAUAAGCAAGUGAGACAUACAUUGAUUAAGUUAUUAAUAAUAAUAAUAAUAAUAAUAAUAGUCUUUAUUAAUUAAUGAGAUAAAAACUACUUAUCCUAUUUUACAAAACUUCCAAUUUAGAACAAAGUUACAUUGUAUAUAAUAAUUACAAAGCUAAUUAUCUUUAAAAAUUUACAAAAUACCAGUCACAAAGCUGGGUCAUAUUUAAAAAUUAGGUGAUUAAAAUAGGGGUUCCUCACUUUGUCUGUGUUUAAUUUUGGCUGGUGAUUAGAUUUGUGUCUUAAAUUGUACUCUGUGACCUUCAGUUUAGGUAUAAGGUUUCUCAGAGGAUGUUUCUCUUGAUGUUUUACCUGGACGGUUAUUUUCCUUUCCUGUAUUUCUAAUAGAUCAUAGCUGUUUACCACCUUAGAUAUGUAUCUCUGCUUGUGACAUGGGUCCAGGAAACACUGUACAGUUGUAAGCUCUGCAUCAAUAGUACUGAAGACUGAUAGACCAAAAGUUAAGUAAGGGAUAGAUAGUCUACUUCUGCUGCAGUAUAAUCCUCUUUCCUUCAUGAUCUAAGUAUAGAAAGACAUUUGUUAGCUUUAAUUAGCUUAUUUCUUACAUUUGCAGUAAAUCUGCAAUCUUCCUGGAAAGUAACACCAAGAAUGGAGAGUGCACUGGUUUGCAAAAUACGUGACAUAUUAUUAGAUAUGAAUAUUAUAAGCACCUGAUUAGUUUGAAUAUUCUCACGAACUCUGGGGAUUUUUAUGAUUAAAUUGUAAAUGUUAAAUAUUAAGUCAAAUGUACUGAGUGUGGUGAGCAGAACUGAUGUUUGGGUAACUUUGAAGACUUACCCCAAUCUGUGGAUGGUGCAAGAUAUAUCAAUUAGAGGAUGAAAGACAUAGAUAUACAAACAAAUCUUUCUUGCUCACAAAAACGGCAUUGAAGUGAAUCAA